AUGGCCACGCCAGAAGAAGACGCAGCACGUCUCGAGACUCUGGCUCUCUUCAUCCUCCAGCAGCUCGAGAAGCCGGUGCCAAACGACUGCAUGCACCUCUGCGGCUACAGUACAAUCGCCAUAAUUGCAACCAGGCCGGAUGAUGUGCUACAACUGGGGAAGAAUUAUCUGCAUGCCUGGCCUUAUGAAAAUGUGCCCGCAUGCUGGCGUCGCCUAUACGAAGAUGCCAGUCUUCACCUUGCUGUGAAGCUACUGCGCGAACAAUCAAGUCAUCCACAAAUUUCUGAUCGUGCUAUCUCGAUACCUAGCACCAAUCCUGCAAAACGCACCAAAGUUACACUCGAUGUGGCAUGGAAAGAUCAAACUUGGCUCAAGCCAUUCUGCAAUAUCAUGGAUCGAGCAGUUAUCAUCUCCGGCGCUCCAGGCCGCAAGGCCUUGAUCGACGAUGUACUUCGACAGCUCGAACUCUUCAUGGUAUCAGAAUGGACAGAUAUCGAACCUCAGAGACUUCCAACACCACGACCUCGCCCACUGGACACAGAUUGUCCCAUUAUGCGAACGACCAGAGGCUUCGAAUUCGAAGAGUUCCAAAUGCACCUCGAAACGACAGGAGCACCAGUCAUCAUGCCUGACACAUUUGAGCGUUGGCCUGCUCGCACACUUUGGGACGAUGUGAAUUAUCUCAAGUUCAAAACAUUAGGUGGCAACAGGAUCGUGCCAGUCGAAAUAGGCAGCAGCUAUACGGAGAGUGAAUGGUCUCAGAAGAUUAUGACUUUCGCAGAAUUCGCAGAAACAUAUCUCAUCCCAGACCAACCAGAAGAGAUUGGUUACUUAGCACAACACGACUUAUUCGAGCAAAUUCCAAGUCUUAAGAACGACAUCAGUAUUCCCGACUACUGCUGGACAAACCCCCCGCAACCGGAAGGCGCAGCAGCAAACACCGCAGGACUCAAAACAGUCAAACAACUUGAUGCACCACUUCUCAAUGCAUGGCUCGGUCCAGCUGGAACCAAAACCCCACUACACACCGAUCCAUAUCACAACAUCCUCUGCCAGGUCGUAGGGUACAAGUAUGUUCGUCUAUACUCACCAGAGUAUACAAAAUUCAUGUACCCCUGUGGGGUGGAUGACGCUGGAAUUAACAUGAACAAUACCUCACAAGUCGACAUGAUCCAUUUCAGGCCUGAGUUGAAGAGCGGUGAAAUGCAGUACGAUGCAGCUCUACGCGAGCAGGUUCGGAAGUUUCCGCUCUUUGGCAAAGCAAAGUAUCAAGAAGCUAUUCUUGGACCAGGAGAGUGCUUGUAUAUUCCACUUGGAUGGUGGCAUUAUGUGGAGAGCAUUACGGCAAGCUUCUCGGUUUCGUUUUGGUGGAAUUGA